AUGAAGAAUAGAAUUAGAAAGCAAGAAGAGCUGCAUACAUAUUCAGCAUUGAGUGAAAUUAUGCUGAGGUUAAAAAAGAAAGGAUAUAUAGACAAGCUUCAGCAAAUCUUCCUAGCAAUAUACCAAAAUGAAAAAUCAGAGGACAAUCUUUAUUCUGAAAAACUCAAAGAAGGAAUAAAACUAAUAGUUAAUGGCUUAUUGGAAGAAAUUUUCAAAGAAAAUAUCCCUGAAAACUUCUCAGCUCCUUCAACUCCUGUUUUUGAACCUUCAAGAACCCCAGUCCAGUUAAAAGUUCCUAGCAGCUUAUCAAGAAAUUCUCCUUCCUCACAUGGCUCAAGCCAAAUGAAAGCAUCUGUUUCCCAAAAGCAAUCUAUUUAUAUACGUAGUUUUAUUAAUUAGGUUUUUGCUCUAUAAUAGUUAAUUUACUUGCAUAAUAAGCAAUAUUCAUAAUAAUAAAAAAAUACUUUGCUUUUGAGAAAUGAAAAUGAACUUGCGAGUUUUUCAGAAUUCAAUACAAUUGCCGGUCCAUCGACUUUUGGAAAAGCAAAACGAGAAAUAAGCCUGGAAAAGAGAAAUAACUCACCUGGGCCGGCUGCGCAUAUAUGCAUUAAAAUGAUAUGGCCAGCCAGCCAACCUCAUAGCAUCUGUAGGUGUGAAAGCCCAGGGAUCUUAUGAAAUGGAGGAUUUCGCUGGGUAGCGUGUAUUAGAUCAGGCUUACUUAGCUUGUUGGAGUGCAAUGCAGACUACGCCAACUUCACCUCAUUCAGAUUGUGGUUUUUACCUUUGGAAAAGAUGGAUGAUCGGUGCUUGAAAGGAAAUGCUUUGUAAAAGCCCUUGGGCCAAUCGGCUAUUUUUUAAUGCGAUAUGGGAGUCGCGCCGAGGGCACAAGUUCCAUCUUGCCGAGAAAUUCGAAAAAUCGAAUCUUGUUGAAGGGCAACUAUAGUCAGGCACACGGCACAGUGACCCAUACUGUUGCACUCUAGCUCAUGUGUGAGCCCAUUUCUGGAGUAGCAUAGCUUAGAGGCAGUCAUGAAGCUAGCCGAAGAUAAAAACCUCUUGAAGUAUAACAAUUAGUUUCUCAAUAAUUUUAACUAAGAACUAAGGAUGGCUGCAUAUAUAG